AUGGCAGAGGGCGAGGUCCAGGAGCCGCCGGCACUGAACCAGAACCACGAACCACUAUGCGGCGGGCUCGCAUCCUGGAGCAGGGGUCACACGCAUGUCACUGUGGGCGCAUGCGGCGCGUUGAUAGCCAAGCGACUGCCACAAGGGAAGAGAGAGGCACAAGCGGUAGCGCAGAGCGAUGAGCAUUUCGACCGGCGCGAGUGUGCUGCCAGCGGCCAUUGCAUCGGCGCGGAUCAGAGCCUUUUCAGCGACCUCGCCUCCACUCGCUUCGAUACUCGCCUGUUGCAAGCCGUUUCCCCUCCCCCCGUGAGCUGCCCCCUUGGACUCUGGCAUGGGGAUGCUGACCGGCUGUACCUUCCUGUACAUGGACCGGAGAAAUCCAGUCUCAAGAAGGCACGUGAACCAAAGAAAGCGAAGUACAAUUGGGCAGCGGCCAAUGCAGCAAGACGGAAGCGGCCAGAGACCCUGAGUUCGGCUGCUGGCCGCUGCAGUUUCGUUGUCAUCAUGCUCGAAGUGGGUGGGGCGAUGGCGGCAGAGUUUGACGGCUGCCUUGCCGAGCUCACCCAAGGUCCUGCUUCGGCCGCCGCGUGCCUGCGCACUGCUGAAGAGGCGAGGCGCAAGCUCGACCGUGCCAACUGGACGGGCCGCCCGUUGUGGAGCGAUCACGCCCCGCACAAUGCGAUCUGCUGGCGAGAGGUGCCAGGGCUGGCAGCAUCACGCUUCACGCGCUUGCUCUAUCCAUUUCCGCGAAACCGAGUUCGCUCUGUCGCCCGGCAUCGCUCUGCGGCUGCCUCUGCCCGUGGAACAGUUGGCGAUGCGCAUGGAGACCACCAUGUGCGGCUUCCAACCGGCUGCUGCGAGGAAGAAUGGUUAGCCGUCAACAUUGUCGACCUCUUCAAUGAGUUGAACCUUCUAGCUGGUGCUAUAAGUGAUAUUUGCACCGAGACGACAUGUCCAACAAUGAGUGCCGGCAGUUAUGCGUGGCAGUGGGCAGAUGGUGACAAAGUCAAGACGCCCCAGCAGCUGUCAGCGCCAAAGUAUAUAGAGAAGUUGCUGGUGUGGGUGGAGUCCCAGCUGGCAGACGAGACGUUUCUGCCUGUCAAGCCUGGGACACCGUUCCCGCCCCACUUCAAGAAGGGGAUCAAGGUGAUGUACAAGCGCUUGUUCCGAAUCUAUGCACAUGUUUUCCACCACCACUUCAAGGAGUUGGCAGAGUGCGAUGCUGAUGCUCACUUGAACCACUCCUUCAAACAUUUCGUGUACUUCGUAAAGGAGUUUGACUUGGUAGAAGACUCGGAGUCAGAGCCUCGGCCAGUUGGGGUGAUUCCCGGUGAGCCCUGGCGCCCUGUCACUUCAUCAGCCUUGUUCACGCCAACCAAGCUGGGAAAGAGCAGCGAACAUGAGCAUUUCACCAAGGAUUCUAUCUUGGGGGCUUCAGCUGCGGCCACCGACCGUUGUCGAAGGAGCUCCAAAGUAUGGCGGAAGCGCUUGGUGAAGAGUUUGCAGACACCGUGGAGGCGGCAACAGCUGCAGCCUUCUUGGGAGACCGUUCGGACCGUCGAGCUGCAUGAGGAGGAGCGAAAUCUCAUUGCGCAGCAGCAGGCGCAUGGCUGCUGUUUGAGUUGGUGCUGGGCCAUUCAGAACUGGCUCCUUGCAGCGAGUGUCGGAGCCUUGUGCUUUGCGACAUACGGCGUCAUCGAAAUCUCUGUCGGAGCCCUGUCCUCUUUUCGGUUUGGCUUCUGCAGUGCCGAACCUUUCAGGAGUGAAGAGCAUUGUCCAAAGGGGCAGUGGGCCUCCUGGGGUGCCAACAUUAUUGGAUUCAGCGCCUCCGUUUGCUUGGGCACCUGGAUGGCAGCGGCAUCUGCUUUCAUCGUAAGCCGUUUCGCACCUUCCGCUAGUGGAUCUGGCAUUCCGGAGGUGAAGACGAUUCUCAACGGCUUCGUACUGCCAGAUGUAGCUACGUUCCGCACUCUUUUCAUCAAGGCGUUUCAGGAAUUGCGGAUAUGA